AUCAAUUAAACGCGAACCAAACAAGGAUGACGCACCCACCACGUAAGCCAAUGCGUAUCCAUUAUUCAUUUGGUAUGAACCAGGAAUCCGUCUUCCCCUACUCCGUCCAGCUAUUCCCGUGUUCCCUUUUGUCUCUUUUCCAGAAAACGCUGGUGGGUCUACACAGUUCUGAGAGUAGUGUUUCGAAAUCCCCUGCGAUGUGGCUGACGUGCAAGGUCUAUUAAAAGGAAGGAAGGCAAAGAGGACUUGCCGUAGGCCGUACUGCGUAUGUCAGGUACGGAACAGUGGAGAAAGUUUUGUUGUUAUGGAGCCGAUGGUAAGUGAGGGAAGCAUGUCUCCUCUCUCUUCUAUUUUUCGAAGAGUAGUCUUCAUUUCUUUUCAACUUGAUGGUAAGAGGGUGAGCUUUCCUUUUUGAACUGUACUGAUUCGCCCUACUUUAUCCUAUACUCUCGUUUGGCCGAUUUCCUUUUUGCAAAUAAUCCUGGGUUGAUCGAUCUCUUUUUCUUCUUGGUUUGUUACUAGUGAAGAGUGCUAUACACUGUAUCUAUAGUCAAGUUCGAAUAGCACAAGAGGAUCAAGAUGAGGGUAAGUGGAGGAAAAGCCUUGGCAUAUACUGUCGCUAUAUGUUCGACAUGCAGUAGCUUGGUUGGUGCGAUAACUCUUGAUCUGAGCUCUGAUGGUAUGCCUCUCUCAACAUUCCUUGCUUGAAGUAAUAAGCAAUAUGCUGAUGACAUGAUUGUCAUUAGAUAGUAUCAAAACUGCCGCAUCCGAUGUCGCCUACGACAUGAUGAAAUAUUACACAGGAAACAGAACCGGAGAUGUCCCAGGUAACCUACCUGACCCCUAUUAUUGGUGGGAGGCAGGAGCCAUGUUUGGUAUAAUGGUCGAAUAUUGGUAUUAUACGGGAGAUGAAACCUACAACGAUGAAGUAAAACAAGCACUCCUACAUCAAGCUGGCGACGAUUACGAUUUCAUGCCCUUAAACCAAACAAAAACAGAAGGAAACGAUGAUCAGGGAUUCUGGGGAAUGGCUGCUAUGACAGCAGCGGAGACCAAUUUCACGAAUCCGGACGAUGGAACUCCUGGUUGGAUCGCGAUGGCGCAAGCAGUUUUCAACGACAUGGCAGCUAGAUGGGAUGACUCAACCUGCGGAGGUGGAUUGAGAUGGCAGAUCUUUACAUUUAAUUCCGGAUACAAUUACAAGAACAGUAUCGCGAAUGGUUGUUUCUUCAACCUAGGAGCUAGGUUGGCAAGAUAUACGGGGAACUCAUCAUAUGCUGAAUGGGCUGAAAGGAUCUUUACUUGGGAACAAAGUGUUGGAUUGAUUGGUGCCGGCUAUGAAGUAUAUGAUGGUUCAUCCGAUACUGAUAAUUGCAGCUCUAUCGAUCAUAUACAGUGGACUUAUAACGCUGGUAUUUAUCUUUUGGGGUCCGCCAUGAUGUACAAUUACGUUCGUCUUCCCGUUCUUCCUCCAUCAUCAAUCAAAUAAGCAACAAAGCUUUACUAACAAAUUUCUGAUAGACCAACGGAUCAUCAAUCUGGCAGAAUCGAACACAAGGUCUCUUAAACGCUAGUAGCGUCUUUUUCCAAAACGAUAUUAUGGUUGAAGUAGCGUGCGAAACCACCACUGUCGGUUGCGACAAUGAUGAACAAUCCUUCAAAGCCUACAUGGCUCGUUGGAUGACCGCAACAACUAAACUCGCCCCAUUCACCGAACCAACAAUCAUGACAUACAUCAAUGCGUCGGCCCAAGGUGCAGCCUUACAAUGCUCAGGAGGAAGUAACGGAAGAACCUGUGGAGAGCAUUGGACCGCAGGAAGUGCCUACGAUGGAAAGUACGGAGUUGGAGAACAAAUGAGCGCACUCAGUGUAAUCCAAGCAACGCUCAUCGGAACGGCUCCCAAUCUCGUCACCAAUGACACCGGUGGAACUAGUGCAGGAAAUGCCGCGGGUGGAAGUGGAACUAGUACGAAUAGUGAUGGAACAGUCGAAACACCUGUUACUAGUGGAGAUAGAGCCGGAGCAGGAUUCGUAACGGCGCUUAUUAUUUCUGGUGUCCUAGGUGGUGUAGGCUUUAUGAUUAUAGGUUGAGAUGAUGAGGGCGAAUGGGGUUUUGAGAAGGAAAGAUGGUUGGAUGUUUAUUGGGCAUAGUUGGGCGUUUGGUGUUGUUUUCUAUAUGGAGAUGCAUAUACGUUUUUUGGUAUAUAAGCAGCAAUAGGGGGAGUAUAUAUCGUUUUUUUGUUUUUUUAUACUAGUCGAUCGAUCACUGGUUCACUUGGGAAUGUCUUCCAUUUUAUUUAUAGUUAUUAGUAUUUACCGAACAAGAUUUAUACGUUCAAAGAACAAAAAUUCAAAAAUUCAAAUAUUUAGAAAUUUAUUAUUUAUCUUCUG